UCUGAUCUGCCCAAAAUCAGCUGUCAUGUCGACUAAUCAGCUGACAAAAACAAAGUAAAAACUUGUUGUUAUUUAAUGUAAUAAUUUUAUUACAAAAUGUCUAUUUUAUGAAAUAAUAGCUAUAACUAUGGAUUCAUCAACAAAUAAUGGUCAAGUUGAUUCAGAAAAAGAACCAGCGUCUAUUGGACAAGAUUCUUCAUCAAAACUUGAUUCUAAAGAAGAACUCGAAGAGCGUUGUAAUAAACUCAAAAGAUAUGCCCUGACAUUGAAGAAAAAAGUAUACGAUUUAACUGAAGAAUUAAAAACUUCUGAAGCAGAGAAGAUUAAAUUGAUUGCAGAAAAAGAAAAUUUUCAGAAAAAAAUAUCACAAGCAUCUGAUAAUCUUAAACAAUUGCAGGCAAUACAAUUAGAAUAUGAUAAACUUCAAGAUGAUCUUGAUAAACAGAAAAAUGAAAAUAAAAAAUUAACAAAGAAUUUAGAAAUGCUCAUAGUAAACAAUACAUCUCUCAAACAAACGAAUUAUGAGUUAAAAGAUACUAUAGCUAGUUUGAACUUGGAUUUAGAAAACCGUAAUAAAGAGCUUUCUGAAUUAAAAAAUAUUUUGAAAAAGAAAAAUAGUCUUAUGAAAAAAUUAGAAGACGAACAAAAAGCUACUAAAGUUAUUUGUGAUCAAAAGGAAAAAGACUAUGAAACAAUGAAAGUUAAGUUGGAGUCAGAAAUUCAAUCUCAUAAAGCUACACAAGCAAAAUUAGAUGCAGCCAAACAGGAGUGUUCAAGUAAUAACGUUAUCCUUUUAGAAGUAGAUAAUUAUGAAAAAAGUAUACAAGAUUUGAAAUCGAAAUUAAAUGAUGAAUCUACAAAAUGUAAAACACUAGAAAAUACUAUUGAAGAACAUGUUCAGAGAAUUUCAAGUUUAGAAUUUCAGCUAUCAGAACUAAAAGAUUCUCUUUUCUUGAAAACGAAUCAGUUGACAAUACUUGGUGAAAAAAAUGAAUCAUUAAAAGUUGAAUUAAAUGAUUUACGACAAGAAAUUACCCAAACAUCUCAUGAAAAACAAAGUUUGUUAGAUGCUAUCGAAGCUAUGAAAAAAAAUAUGGAUAAAUUAUCUAAUGAAUCUACUACCUCUGUUGCUGAGAAAAAUAAACUCGUUGAUGAUAUGGAGUUACAGAAUAAAAUGCAUCUCCAACAAAUUGAACAAUUGAAAAUGGAAAUAUCGAGGCUAAAUAGUAUAAUUUCAAGUACAAAUGAAGAAAUAACCACUCUAAAAACUGAAUAUGAAGGGUAUAAACUCCGGGCACAGAGUGUUCUAAGAACAAAACAAAGCCAAAGUAAAGAUUCUGGAUUGAAUGGUAAAAAUAUAAUUGAAAUUGAAGGAGAACUAAAUCAUUUACGUUCACACUCAACACAGCUGCAGGAGAAACUCGAUAUUUCUUGUCAAGAGAUAAAAACAUUAAUCAGUGAAGUCACGCUAAUCAAAGAGCAGCGAGAUUUCGCACAAGAAAAUGCAAAAGAUCUUGGAAAAAAAUUAGCUACACUCAAUCAAGAUUAUUUAAGUUUAAAAGAUAAAUGUCGAACACAAGUAACAAUUAUUAAUCAAUUAAAAGAACAAAUGGAAUCAUCAGAAGAAAUGUUAAAAGAGAAUUUUACUGUUCAGCUGGCAUCGAUAGAACAUAAAUAUCAACAAGAAAUAUCAAGUCUACACGAUGAAAUUGAACGGUUAACGUCAACAACAGUUUCAGGAAAUAUAAAAAAUCUAUCAGAAAAACAGUCAGAAUAUAAAUUUGAAAAUGAUAAUCAAAUUCGAAAUGAUAUUUAUUUACUUAAAAGAGAGGAUGGUGAGGGUUCAGAAAGUGUAGAUUCCUACAACGGUGCGAAUGUGAAUGUAGAAAAAAAUCAAAAAAGUACACUUAUACCUUUGGAUGAAUUAUUAAAUUCAUCAGAUGAUCUGACCAAAUUUAAUACCCCAGUUUUACCGGCCAAAGUUGACCGACAUGAACUAGAGGUUGCCGAACGACGUAUUAAACAUUUAACAACAUUACUUGCUGAUGCCGAAAGAGAUGUUGCAAAAUUGAAUCAGAUGAAUCAAUUAUUAAAAGAAGAUAUUCGACGACAACAACGCAGUGUUGAAAGAGAACAUCAUGCUAAUAAUUUUGAAUAUUUAAAGAACGUGGUUUUGAAAUUCAUAAUUUUGAAAAAUGGUGAUGAACGGAGUCGACUCAUUCCAGUACUUAAUACAAUUCUUAAACUUAGCCCUGAGGAAACACAACAAUUGAAUCAAGUAGCAGGAAUAACAGGACGUGGUUGGUUACCUUCAAUUUCAAUACCAGGAUGGAGUCACGAGUGAAAGUUUAUAUCUUAUGAAUGAGGAAGAUUAUUUCCAAAGUAUUAAAUAUACUUUUUAUAGUUUUCCAGAAUGAUUGCAAUAUAUUUUUUACGAUAAAAAUAAAUAUUUUGGAAGACAAAA